AUGAAAGGCCUCGGUGGGGACAGCCGAGGCCGCCAUCUUUCAGACAGCUUGGAGCCACCGCCCCCGGACGCCCUAUUCCCCGGAUCCGAUCGAAACCCUUACCUGCUAUCUCCAACAGCAACAGUCACCACUGACCCCUUCUCCCGUGAGUCCGGGUUUCCGGGAGCCUCCACGGGCGUGCCGGGCGACACCCUCUUUCCCCUGCCCAGCCCCCUGCCCACCAGCGGCACCUUUCCUCGCCUCCACUACAAUUCGCACUUCGAAGUGCCUGAGGAGGGUCCCUUCCCCAGCCAUGCCCAGGCCACCAAGAUCAACCGGCUGCCAGCCAACCUCCUGGAUCAGUUUGAGAAGCAGCUGCCUGUACAUCGCGAUGGCUUCAGUACUCUCCAGUUCCACCGGGCAGAGCCCCGGCCACGGGGGGAAAGCCCCGGGCGCAUCCGUCACCUGGUCCACUCGGUCCAGAAGCUCUUCUUUGCCAAGGCCCAGUCUCUGGAGGGUGGUGGCCUCAAGGGCAGCGGCAAUGGCCGGAAAGGCGGAGCUGGGGGUGGGGAAACCGGGAAAGGCCGGAGGGCCAAGGGCAAGGAUUCGGCCAAGACAGCCGAGCCCAAACGAAGGAGCCGCUCCAACAUCUCGGGCUGGUGGAGCUCCGAUGACAACCUGGACAGCGGCAACAGUGGGGACUGCGGUUACCGGCCCUCUGCUGGGCUGAUGACGCUGGGCCGGCAGCCGGAACGGGCACAGCCUCGAUACUUUGUCUACAACACCUUCAGUGAGCACAUGCUGAAGGCCGCCAAGAACAACAGUGAGCUCCCCAGAGCAGGGGCAGGAGGGGGAGGAGGAGCGCCCCCACCUGCCAGCUUGCCCGCCAGCACUGAGCCCAGCUACAGCAAACGGGGCUCCUGGUCCACUCUGACCCUCAGCCAUGCCCGGGAGGUCUGCCAGAAAGCUUCAGCCACCAUUGAUAAGGCCCUGCUCAAGUCCAAGUCCUGUCAUCAAGACCUGGCCUACCACUACCUGCAGGUAACUUUGGGCUCCAGGAAGGGAAUGGGGAGCUGGGGAGGGGGAAGAGUGGGCAAGAAGGAGUGCCAGGCUGUGGGCCACAGUGAGAUCCCUUGCAGACGAAUGCGCAGCGGGAGCUACAUCAAGGCCAUGGGCGAUGAAGACAGUGAGGAUUCGGACACCAGCCCCAAGCCAUCUCCCAAGACAGCUGCCCGGAGGCAGAGUUACCUCAAGGCCACCCAGCAGUCACUGAGUGAGCAGAGCACCACCCACAGGAGCUUAGACCGCCUUGACUCCGUGGACAUGUUGCUGCCCUCCAAGUUCCCAAGCUGGGAAGAGGAAUAUAAUCCUAUUGGCAAUAGCAUUACCGAGUCCAGCUGCAUCAAUCAGAUCUUUGGACAGGCCUCAUUUGUGCCUCAGAUAUUUUCCCAUGAGGAGCAGGUCAGGGAGGCAGAGCUGAGUGACCAGUACGAGGCUGCCUGUGAAUCGGCCUAUAGCGAGGCUGAGUCAGCCACUGCCGAUGUGCUGGACCUGCCUCUCCCCAGCUACUUCCGCUCUCGGAGCCAUAGCUAUCUUCGGGCCAUCCAGGCAGGAUGCUCCCAAGAUGAGGACAGCAUCUCCCUCCAGUCCCUCUCCCCUCCGCCCACGGGCAGCAGCCUGAGCAGCAGCCGCACACUGCCCAGUUCAUCAUGCCUAGUGGCAUAUAAGAAAACGCCGCCUCCAGUCCCCCCCCGGACCACAUCAAAGCCGUUCAUCUCGGUCACCGUUCAAAGCAGCACCGAGUCAGCCCAGGACACCUACCUUGACAGCCAGGACCAUAAGAGCGAGGUCAACAGUCAGUCUGGUCUGAGCAACUCCUCUGACAGUUUAGACAGCACCCGACCCCCCAGUGUGACCCAGGGCAGCAGUGGAGGAACUCAGGCCCGGGAGGCACCGGAACUACCCCAGAAAAAUGCAACUCUGAAGAACGACAAAGGAACGUUGACCAGUGAGGAGCCCAAAGCUGAGACCGCCCCCAAAAGGAAACUUUCAUCUAUAGGAAUACAAGUUGACUGCAUUCAGCCAGUGCCAAAGGAAGAGCCACCUCCCGCUACCAAAUUCCAGUCCAUCGGGGUACAGGUAGAGGACGAGUGGCGGUACAGCGGAGCCUCUCACAGUAUGUCCUCCAAGCGGGACACUGACUCAGACACGCAGGAGGCCAAUGACUCCAGCUGUAAAUCCUCCGAGAGGAGCCUGUCUGACUGCCCCCCACACCACAACUCCAUCAACAUUGACACCAACCCCCGGCCCUCCACCAAGGCCUCCCAGAUCAAGCGCAACCUCUCCUAUGGAGAUAACAGUGACCCAGCCCUCGAGACGUCCUCGCUCCCCCCACCUGACCCCUGGCUGGAGACAUCAUCCAGCUCUCCCCUGGAGCCUUCCCAACCUGGGGCCUGCCGGAGGGACGGCUACUGGUUCCUGAAGCUGCUCCAGGCAGAGACAGAAAGGUUAGAAGGAUGGUGCUGUCAAAUGGACAAGGAGGCCAAAGAGAACAAUCUCUCUGAAGAAGUCUUAGGGAAAGUUCUCAGUGCUGUUGGCAGUGCCCAGCUAUUGAUGUCUCAGAAAUUCCAGCAGUUCCGGGGUCUUUGUGACCAAAACUUGAACCCUGACUCCAACCCCAGGCCCACAGCCCAGGACUUGGCUGGGUUUUGGGACCUCUUGCAGCUGUCCAUUGAAGACAUCAGUAUGAAGUUUGAUGAGUUGUACCACCUUAAAGCAAAUAGCUGGCAACUGGCGGACCCCCCCGAGAAGAAGGAAGAGAAGAAACCUCCCCCUCCUGUGCCAAAGAAGCCAGCCAAGUCUCGAACAGCUCUGAACCGGGACAAGGCCUCGGACUCUGGGGACAGGCAGCGCCAGGAAGCCCGAAAGCGUCUCUUGGCCGCCAAGAGAGCCGCAUCGGUGCGGCAGAACUCAGCAACAGAGAGCGCGGACAGCAUCGAGAUCUAUGUCCCGGAGGCCCAGACCCGACUUUGAGCCAAGGAAACGGAAGAGGGAAGGAACACAUGCAAUUUUUAAAUCAUUAAAGCGCAAAUGAAAUAACUCCCACCCUUCAGUGUGAUUAUUCAGUCUAGAGACACCGGAGCCAACUUUAAAACAAAAAUUACCAGUUAAUGAAAGGGCUCGAAUUUGGCUUUUUUUUCCUCUUCCCCUUCUUCCCAGCUUUCAGUGACGAAGAUUUGAAACAAACAAGCAGACUAUGGAACCAUCUUCUCUUACUGACGGCAGUAUUGCCACGUGGACUGGACAGACAGAUUCUUGCCGCUCCCCCCACAUGGGCCCAGGCUCCAGACUGUGGAUCUUUUUGCCUGUUGUGUUUCAUGAAAAAUGAUUAGUUUUAUUUACAAGAUACAGAACAGAAAAAGAAUCCUGAGCAGCCACUAUGGCCCCAGGCACACCCAUGUCUCUCGUCCCUGCCCAUCAGUCCUCCCAUCUUUGUUUUUGCCCUCUUCCUCUCCUCCCUCUCCCUCCACAGACCUCCCCUGAGGUGAGGAGGGCUCCCACCUUCUGGGGGAGGGGGAGCUGAGAGAGCCCUCCAUUCUAUCCAACCCAUCAGUGUUUUUUCUCUUCUUACCAUCAGGGAUGGGAAGGAAAGGGGACAGGAACAAGAAGAUGGGGAGGGAAGGAUGAACGGAUGUGCCGUGGUCCCUGGUUCUUUUGUUAACAGGAAGCAACUUUCCAGGAACGGAAAACUGGAGCAGAGCUCUUGGGGGGCGGGCGUGCUGGACAGAGGUUUGAAGUCAGUGGACCUGGGUUCGGAUUUCAGUUCUGACACUUAUUACCUGCGUGACCUUAAACAAGUCACUCUCCCCUCUGGGCCUCAGCAGUAAAAAUAGAGGGACUAGACAGGAUCUCUUUCAGCUCUCCAUCCUCUGAAACCUCCCCAAAGGCCCGGCCUGGCGUGGGAGGCUAAAGAAUGUACCAGCCGCUUUCUUGCCCCCUUUCUUCAUCCCUCCCCUUCCUCGGUGGAGGAACAGGAAUGGGGGGAGCCGGCUGUGGCGGGGAGGGACAGCCGGGGCUCCCGUCUCGCCUGGUUGCGGACGCGUGUGUACAUAUGCACAUAGACCCCCCCUCCCUAUAGGAGCGGUAUACUCUGCGCGCACAGACACACGCAUGUGCGCCCCCAUACACACGCGAGCCGCGGGUGUGUGAAGAGCAUCUAUUUUUACAUGUACAAUAUCUAGGCGUGUGUAAGAGUGAGUGUAAAAAUCCAUACCUUGGUGUUAGCAGCUUUUCCCCCUUGUUAGCCCGUGCCUAGAGGGGAGCGAGGGGCAGGCAGACAGGUAGACCCUUCCCAUUUCAGGUUUUCUAACUUUGAAGCCCCUCACGGUGGCACUGAAUUGCCAGAACUCAAACCCGCUCCCUGGGCUCCCCUGCUGGCAUAGAUCGCGUCCAGCAGCUCCUCUAGACCCUCAUCCCAGAAGAACAAAAAAAAAAAAACAAGAAAAAGAAAAAAACCAGCCCAGGAGUUGGAGAAUCAGGAGACCGUGUGCGCUCGGUACCCCCCACCCCCGCAAAUGCUGUAUACUGUGUAUAUGUCUAUAUGGCAUUGCAGGCUUCUCUGUGUAGGCCUAGUUAUGAAUGAGCACUGGAAGGAGUCAGGAGGCCUGGGUUCCAAACCCCAGCUCUGCCACUUUCUGUGACCUUGGGCAAGUCACUCGACCUCUGUGUGCCUCAAAUUUCCUCCUCUGUACAAUGGGGAUAGUCCCCGCCCCUCCCUACCUCACAGGCAUGUUGUGAGAAUAAAUAGGGUCACGUGUA